AUGACGUUUAGUGGAAACCACUCGGAGGCACUAAAAAACCGACCUCUUUUCCCCUGGGUUAGGAUGGGGAUGCUCUCCGGUCGACAGCCCAAGGGCAGGGUCAAGCCGAAUAUCAAGUGGCUAGCAGGUAAGAGGGUGGAUUUAGAGAUGUCUUUGAGUACUACAUCCACCGGACCCGUUCUACCACCACCGCUCGCUACACUUCCGCUCACACUGCCUCCAACAACACCGACCACGCAUAAUCUGCCAGUGCUACAUGGCAACAUGGCGAGUUCUACGGACCAGCUUGCCCUCACCAAAACCAAUCGUGCCCAGGCGGUAUCUACCUCUACUCGACAAGCGGUGCCUGCGUUCCUCAACAAGCUGUACAACAUGGUGAGCAAUCCCGAAACGGAUGAGCUUGUGCGAUGGUCCGAAGAGGGGGAUUCAUUUUAUAUCCCCAGCCAUGAGCGACUUAGCAAGGAGCUCUUGCCUCGGUUUUUCAAACACGGAAACUUUUCGUCUUUUGUUCGCCAACUGAACAUGUAUGGCUUUCAUAAGGUCCCCCAUCUUCAGCAAGGUGUUCUCCAAAACAGCACCGAGACAGAGCUCUGGCAGUUUCAGAAUCCCCACUUCCAACGUGGUCAACCCGAUCUACUAUGUCUCAUUACUCGCAAGAAGACUGGUGGCAACGCUGAGGGAAGUGUCAACGUGGAAGAUAUUCAGCACAGCAACCACGCGAUCGGUCCUACUACCAGUGCCAAUCAGUCGUCUGGACCACUCGACAUGACCGUGCUAACUUCAUCUUUAUCUGCUAUCAAGAAGCACCAAACGUCGCUGUCGGCUGAGCUCAAAUCUCUCCAGGAAUCGAAUCAGCAUCUAUGGAACGAGGCGCUCGCCGCUCGGGAUCGACACAAGAAGCAUCAGGACACGAUUAAUAAGAUCCUCAAAUUUCUUGCCAGCGUAUUUGGAAACGGAGCAAACGGCGCCACGCCUUCGGGCCCAGGGGGAAACUCCAGUCCAGGUCGAGACGGAAGAGCAAGUCCUGGUGCACUGGUGCCACGAAAGCGUCCCCGUCUGAUGAUCGAAAACGGCAGCGCUGAUGACGAUGACGACGAUGACAUUCAUUUCGCAAUCCCGUCACCUAACAUCUCGAUGCAGGACGACCACGAAAUGUUGGAGGGCCGGAUAAGCGAAGCCCCAACUGAGAUGGCGCCGUCUCCCGCACCGAACGGUGAGCAACUUGCUACAGUUGCAAAAGCCGAGCCGCCUCCUACGCCCGGCCUGAGCUCCCUGCCACCUACCCCUAUUGGAAUUCCAACGUCAUCUCAGAACCCGUCGACUACUGCCACCAUUCCAAUGAACACUCUCGCCCGGCGCUCGCCUAUUCAGAGCACCAACAUCACCCCUCCUCAAGAUUCUGUUUCUAGUGACCAACCCAGCGAUACCCCUGAAUCUCUUUUUGGUCAAGGAAACGAACAUGCGCAGGACCAAAUGUACCAAGAGGCCAUUUCGAAACUCCUCAGCUCCCCGAAUACUCUCCAACGUAUUCUCGCUUCGAUUUCGAGUCAAGGGCCAGACGGCCAUAACUCUGCUGGAUUCUCCGACUCACAAUCUGAACUCGCACCUUACUACGGGGGGUUGAUGAAUAUGAACCUCGAUGUACCUCAUGAUCCAGCCAUUCCAUACAACGCCGCAAGGUUAGAUCAAGCUACCGAAUCGUUGGGUGAAGAGAUAGACAACGUCAACCAAGACAUCAAUUCUCUGAUGCGUGAAUGGGGCAUCUCUCCGGAGGUGUUGCAGGAACAACGGUCGGACGGCAGUGCGAAUAAUGUUAUAGGUGUCGACGGAUUUAGCACUCAACCUAACCUGACCGUUAAUGGAUUUGUACCUUCCAACUCUGCCUUUAUGCCCAACGGCAGCUUCCCUAAUCCCAAUGGUAAUAUACUCCCAGACAGCUCCGUCCCGUAUGCCAGCAUCGCGGCUGAAGGAGAUCAUGCGGUUGAUAUCGAUAGCUUCCUGAACCAGUUCGACUUUCCUGACAGCGCUAACGCUCCCUCUGACGGCGGACCAUCCACAGGAGGCUCUUUUCCCGUCUCCCUUCCUGCCGAGUUCGAUCUAGAAAACCCGGGUGCACAGCCAGCGGCGUUCUUGGACGAGGUACCUCCUGUGCCGAGCACCGCUUCCGAUACAUCUCUCUCCCCUGUAAUUCCGCUUUUGGAUGACUUUGGCGGGGCGUCGGGUGUGGGUGUUAAUGGGGUAGGACUGGGUGGGAGACAAACGUCCCCCGCGAGAUUCACGACCGCAGCGACGAAUGGGAUAGCGCCUGUCACUUCAGUAAACCAUGUACCGGUUGCUCCAGCCAUCGCUACUGCUACUGCUACCGCCGCCACUCCUUCUAAACGCGGAAGAAAACGUCGCAGCGUAACCCUCGAAGGUUCCAUAGACGAACCAACACUUACACCUACCACUCGUUCGACCCGCAACAAUAAAUAA